CUACACGGCUAUCUCGUGUUUUAAAAAUUCAAAAUUUCAAACCAGAAGUCCCACUCCCAUUCCACUAAAACUUCCGAGGCGCUCAAAGCUGUACGAUGUCCUCGAGCCUGGAGUCGGAUUUCUUUUUGGCUUAAUCCAUAGAAACGUAGGUUUUCAGUGACGGUCGGGAUAGAGAGAGAGACCAAACAGAUCAACUCGUCUUCCUCAUUUGGUUUCAAGGGUUCUCAGAAGGCUUUCAGAGCUUGUUUUCUUCCGUUUCUGUGAAGCUCGCUCUAAUCUUGCAGAACUUAAACAAAUCAAUCCAAACACCAAAAAGCAAACUAGCCGCAGGAGCUAACUUUUGGCCGAAACUUAAAAAGUUAGCUUGAGCCUGCACUGCUUUCAUAAUGAGGGAAGAUAUUGCAUUUGAUAACCGGACAAAGCCAUGCAAGAUUUCUCAGCAAAAUCAGGCCUUGAGGGUCAACGGAAAACAUGGAAAUCCUCCCAAACCUAGAUCUAGUUCCUCUUGGGGAUCUCAGAUUGUAAAAGGCUUUGUGACAGACAAGAAGAAUAAAUUGCAAGCAGUAGUUCCCAUAUCGAAGCCACCUCUUAACUGCGCUGAAGAUCACAAUCAUAAUAACCAAUACUUAGUGUAUCAUUCGCGUGUUAAAAGAUCUCUUAUUGGUGAUUUUCCAUGUUCUGAAACUGCAACACAGGUUCAUCCUCAUGCAUUUGAUUGUCAAAGGGUAAGGUCUCCAUCUUCUAAUGAUCUCUUUACGGAGUUGGAUCACCUUAGAAGUUUGCUUCGAGCAUCCAAGGAUAGAGAAUUAGGAUUACAGUCUGAGUUACAGAAGUGUAAAGCUGAUUCUAGAAUUUCAGAGCUUCAAGGUGCUCUUGAGAUAAAAUAUGCUGAAAUUGAAAGCCUUAAUACUAGAAUCUGUGCUCUUGAAGCUGAGAAAGCAAACCUCUCUUCUCAGCUAGCUUCACUUUCUUCUAUGUUGGAAAGACAUGAGAAUUCAAGGUCAGAAAGAAGUCAGAAUAGGGCAACUGAUAUUAGUUCUGAGCUGAAACCAUCUUUUUACAGGAAUUUAGAAAUGGAAGUGCUUGAAUUACGUCGCAUAAAUAAGGAACUACAGUUUCAAAAGAGGAAUCUAGCCAUCAGAUUGGCUUCAACUGAGUCCCAACUAGCUUCCCUUGCAAAGAGCGAUAUUGUGGCAAAGGUUCAAGCAGAGGCAUCGGUGUUAAGAGUUACAAAUGAAGAUCUUUGUAAGCAAGUUGAGGGCUUACAAAUGAGGAGGUUAACUGAGGUUGAGGAGCUUGCUUAUCUGAGAUGGGUGAACUCUUGUUUACGCCAAGAACUUUGUAACUCGGAGAAACAGUCCAACCAGAAUCUAAAUCUUACCGAUGACUUCACAUUUAGGAAUAUUGAUCAUCUUGCUGAGAAAGAUGAUGUUUUUGAUGUUUGUGAUCCAAAAAAAAUGAUAUCAUCGAAGCUUUCAUCCUGGUGGCCUCAAUCUAAUGAUAAAUGUCAGAUGUUUGAUUGUCAAAACUUUUUUGACAAAGAUUGGAUUGAAGUGCAGGAAGGGAUAAACUCUCAACGGAGACAUUCUAUUAGUGGAUCAAACACUUGUCCCGAGGACUUUAAUGUUGUUAACAAAAGGAGACAAUCUGAUGGUUUUAUUUAUCAUAAAGAAAUAGAACAAACAGAUAUGGGAAAGGAAAGGGAGCAGAUAAUUGUUAAAAAACAUGAUUUUGAAGAUGUUCAGAGCUCCUAUUACCCCAGUUGUAGAACUGAGCCAAUCAAAGUCGCAGCUUUUGAUGUUGAAAAGCGCACUUUACGAAUUCCAAACCCUCCACCACGACCUUCUACUGCAGCUCCUAAUGUGGAAAAUAGAGUUGGAUCGGGUCCAAUUCCUCCACCCCCUCCACCUCCUCCACCCCCACCAAAGUUCUUGGCUAAAAGCUCGGGGAUUAUGCAAAGAGCACCACAGGUUGCUGAAUUAUACCAUUCUCUGAUGAAGAGAGAGUCGAGAAAAGAUAAUUGUGGCGGCGGGGUUGGUGAUAUUCCUGAUGUUGCAAACGUUCGUAGCAGCAUGAUUGGAGAAAUUGAGAACCGUUCUUCUUAUUUGCUGGCUAUAAAAGCUGAUGUGGAAACUCAGGGCGAAUUUGUAAACUCUUUGAUAAAAGAAGUAAACACUGCUGUUUACCGAGACAUUGAAGAUGUUGUUGCAUUUGUUAAAUGGCUUGAUGAUGAACUUUGCUUUCUUGUUGAUGAAAGAGCAGUGUUAAAACACUUCGAUUGGCCUGAGAAGAAAGCUGACACACUGAGAGAAGCUGCUUUUGGCUAUCUUGAUCUAAAUAAAUUGGAGUUUGAAGCCACAAACUAUGAAGAUGAUCUUCAUCUUUCUUGUGAGAUUGCAUUAAAGAAAAUGGUGGCACUUUCUGAAAAGAUUGAACGUAGUGUCUAUACUCUUCUGAGAACAAGAGAUGCUUUGAUGCGCAACUGUAAGGAAUUUCAAAUUCCCAUAGAUUGGAUGCUUGACUCUGGCCUUAUUAGCAAGAUUAAAUUUGCUUCAGUCAAGCUUGCCAGAAAAUAUAUGAAGAGGGUAGCAACCGAGCUGCAAGCCAUGGGAGUAUCUGAUAAAGGUCCUGCAUUAGAGUAUAUGCUGCUACAGGGUGUGAGAUUUGCUUUUAGAAUUCAUCAAUUUGCUGGAGGAUUUGAUGCCGAGACAAUGCACGCCUUCGAGGAGCUGAGAAAUCUUGACCACACUGGAAGCAAAAUCUAUAGAGACAAUAAGAAAGAAAAUCUGAAUUAAGAGCAGAGGAAAGUAUUUUAAUUUCCUCUUCUAAAUGCAUCUCGAAGUUCAUGAGUACUGUAUUAUUUUUGGCUUUUUUGCUCGAGGUUUUCUGUGUAUACAAAUAUAGCAAAAAUUACAAACAAGCAUUUUGUGUAAAAUUUAACUAAGUAUUAUGUGUG